CACCACCUUGUUCAAAAUCUUCAUUCACAAUAUCAUGGCCAAGAGCAAAGAUGACAUAAAGUAUGGAACAGCACAAGCAAGGCUUUCCGAAGAUGAAGCAUUGAGAGUGGCGUACAAGCAUGGCACGCCACUCGAAGCAGGAAAAAUUGCUGAAUCUGAACCAGUUGACAUGUUUGCAAGUGCACACAAUGUUCCAAAGAGCCAUGGUCACACAACAACAAUGGGUUCAAACACUAGUGGCCAUAAUGAUCAUAAUGAUAAUCAAUCUCAGUUGCAACGUGACCAACAAGAAUUCACUACUGGGCCACCUCGAUUGCCCCAGAAGGGGCACCCUCCAACAAUGGGUCAUAAGUCUUAAAAUUUUAGGGCAUAUGAUGAUGAUUGUGUAGACAACCUUAUGAAGUAUGUGCACUUCUUAGGUUUGUUUUUGUCUACUCUUGUGUUGUUAAUUUCUUGUGUUAUGGUUUUCCCUAAUAUGAGUCAUGACAUGACUUAUCUUGUAUACCUAAGUUUUUCUUCACCCCACUUUUCCUAAUAAAGUAGAAAAUUUGUUUAGAAA